AUGGCUUGUGAGGAGUCGCCUACACGCCGUGCAUUGUUUCCUCAGCUCAUUGUGUUCGACACGCGCUCUCACCGUUACGAGUCACCGGGAGGCCUUCCCCCACUCGCUCCAGCACCUCGUCAGGAUUCGAGUCGGGCUGUUCGCCGAGCGUACGUGUACCCCUCGACGUGCACUCCCCGGUUGCCUCCAGACUACUUUCCCAAGGACCGUUCUUCGUCCUGCGUUACGCCGGAGCGUUCGGUUGAGUCCUACAGGGCUCUCCCGAGCCGCUCCCAGCCGGGCGCUCAACGCCCUGCUCGACAGACGCACCGCCCGCGGCCUCCCCUCCCUGCAGCUGUCGCCACGUCGUCGGGUUCUCAACUGUCUUUCAAUCCGCCUUUCCCGGCGUCUCGAGACCCAACGGCGCUCUUACCACCUAUCGACCGUGCUCCACACAAUCCAGUUAACCAUGAAGAAAAUAGGCACAAAGAGGCGUUGCCCAGCGACGCCAACUGCCAGCCAGCCGGCCAGCGCGUGCCUCGGCUCCUCGGGCGCUCCGAAGCUGACAGCCGAGGAUGUGCCGCGAGACCGUCGCUUCCGGUCACGCCGCGGGGCGCGCCUGUGUCGGCUGAAGGGAACGCGGAUUCUCUUUGCGAGUCGUAUCGGCGAGGUCCGUUUCUUCCACAGACGGCAGGCGAACAGCGGCUUCCACUUCCUCGACACUUGCGACAGGCUGCGCCGCCGAGCCGCUCGGCAGCAGCUGACUCUGGCGUACCGCCCCAGGAGCAGGACGAGAACCGAGAAUCCCGGGGGGACGAAAUGCCUAGACACGAACGAAGCGGCGAGGGACAGCGCGCUUCCGCACAAGAGGCCGCGUUUCUCCUCGCCCUCCAGGGCGGACGUUUGCAUCCUCGCAGCCGCUCGGCAGCUUCGCUCGCAGCGUCAGACCCGUCUCCGUCUUCACCAGAGACGGAAUCCUAUGUUGGUCGAGUCGUCCCUGCGUUUGUGCCUGCUGCAGAAGACGGGUUUGUGUCCGACACGCAGCGGCGAGCCCCGGCGGAACGUCAACACAAGGACACGCCGCUUGAAGGCUACCUUUCCACUUCGUCUCGAGCGUCUCACUCGACGGCUCCAUCUGAUUCGCGCCUGUUUCUGCAAAGCUAUGCCGAGGGGCUGACGUCGUCCCCGUGGUUCACGGCUGCGGCGACACCCAGCAGUGCGUGGAGCCCCGACGCGGCCACAGGCGGCGGCGUACUCCGUCGCGACGCCGCGUUGGGGGACCAGGGGGAUCCAGCUGCAGAGGCACGAGCGAUGUCCUCGCGUUUCUUUCUGCCUGCGUAUUCACCAUCGUCUUCUCUUUCCCCUGCGUGGGUGCUGCCUCCGAUUCCGCCCCCAAGUUGGCUGCCGCGUUCCGGACCUGGCGACUCGCAGGCAGUAUGCGCACCAAGUGAAGGUGCCGCCCGCGAUCUCACGUCUUCUGCGUCGCACCGAAAAAGCGGCCUCUCGAGGCAGACGAGUCAGCUUUCCGCUUCCCACGAAGACCGCGGCUGUCUUGCAAGCACUACCGAAUUCAGAAGGGAGGGUUACUCCGGUGGAUCUGCUGCAAACAUGCGCCGCAGUGGGGGUGGGCAUGCGCGCCUAGAUCGCGGCCAGGAAGUCAACGGAGGAGACGCGGCAGCCGGCGCCGCGCCGGAGAGCGGUGGAGCCGGUUUGACCUGUGGAACACUUCAUGCGAGUCCGGUGGCCGAUGGUUGUGUUCGCCUUCCCGCAGCCGUACCCGGGAGAGAAAGCAGGAGGGUAGAUAGACAGCGGACAAAGGGAGACACAGACUUGGAGCGGACGGACAGCUUUGAAAGCAUCGACAGCAUUCGUUCGGCGCCAGACGGGGAAGGCCCGCGCGGGGCCGCGUCGUGCACUGGAUGGUCGCGCACAGAAGAGCGCGGCCAGGCGGGCGGCCAGCGCAGAGCCACUGGAGGAAGCGUUGUGGUAAGCGACGAGCUCCCUCCUGAUUCGAAACCUGUCUCGGAUGCUGUCUCUCUUCCGGCGGACCGGCCUCCCCGCCCCGACCCUCACGAAGAGAAGGACAUGAGCGAAGCACAGCGAGGCGCGCGCGCCGCGCUUGUGGGCAGAGAGGCCGCGGAAAGGUUCGAGCAAAGCGAAGCAGGCGAGGGGCGCGCGCUGGCCUCGGCGGGGCCGCACCCUGGUGGAUGUGGCAGGUCUGAGCAUCGGGAGGCCGCAGGCGUUUCCCAGAGCGAGUUGCCGGGGACGCGCCGUGAGGCGAGAAGUGACGCGCCUGGAGAGGAGAGCCAGGGCCUCGACCUUUCCUCUGACGUGCAGACGUCUCCUGGGCUUCUCCCGCUGCUGUCGCCGCGGUCUCUGAUCGACCCGACGAGCGGUGCGGGAGCGGCGCCAGUGCCGCCCUUGAGCAGAGAGGGUGGCAGGAUCCGUGCGUACGCGUCGUCGUCUUGGGCAUCUGAUGGAGACGUUCCGAGCUCUCCCCGCCCGCUGCAGGCGCUGCGGGAGGUAAGAAGUGAGAAGGCUCCAGCGCGCGAGACGCCUCGGCGGCAGGGACGAGGCGACCAGCUGGGGGCUUGCCUGCAGGGGCCGCACUGCGUUUCGUCCUCGUCUCGCCGUUCUUCUUUGUGUCAGUCUCCUCAAGUUUCGCAUGCAGGUUCUGGAGCGAAGGGAAGAGAAGGCAGGCGUCGGGCGCCGUCGCUGGGUGGAGAGAUGCAGGGCGGCAGCCCCGUGCGGGGAGAAGGGAAAGGGGCGAGGCGAGACUACGACGGGACGCCGGUGUGGGCGGGGCGUCCUCUGCAUCUCUCAGCCGUGGAGUGGGGCAGUCCUACUGCAGGCGAGGGCUCGGUGAAGAUUUGUGGUCAGUAUCGCGCGGCGACUCCGCUGCAGAGAUCAGGCGCGAAGGGCGAGGAAGUGGACAAUCUGAUUUAUUGGUCGCCUGCUCAGCCGCUCCUUUCGAGAAACGCGGGGUGGUCCAGCGGGGGCCCGCCUCCCGGAGUGUUCAGUCCGUGUUACCCUGUCGCGUUUCUCCCGGUCUCGAGCAGCGCGGCUUCGUCCCCGCACCUUUCCUCGAGCUCGCCCUGGCGCGGCCUGGAGCCGAGCUCGCCCCCGCGGUCUCUGGCCUUUCUUUCGCCCCGGCACACUCAUUCCACGCCGCCGACGCCCUCCUCGCUCGCUUCGCCCGCCGGCGCGUCGCUAUUCCACAAGGCCUCGAGUGCGGACUUUCCCGCGCUCGCGUACGCUAGAGAGCUGCGGAGUUCGGGCGUGGGGCCGGCCUCGCCGUCUUUGGCGGGGGAGAAGGACACGGCGUCUCUGCCGCUCGCCGCUCCCGGGUCUCCGCACUCGCCGACGGCCUUCCCGGCGCGCAUGCAAGUCGCCACGCUGGGCACGACCGACCUCGGCCGGAGUGUGGUGCGCCAGUGGGAAGCGGACCGGGGCAAUCCGCUCCCUCAAGACGUGCAUUCGCUGUGUCCUGCGCCGGCUGUCUCGGCGGCCGCUCCGAGCGAGGAGCCCGCGAGGAAGCAAGACCCGCAGGCGCUCCACCACGCUGCAGUUAUUGCGUGCGUCAACCGCUUGGUGGAAGCGUUUCCCCCAGGCACGGAGCUGCACAACGGCUACGGGCCUCUCGAGAUUCCUCCGCACUGGCUGGUCGCGCACGCGCCCACCUCCCGCGACAUGCGGAGGUACGCCGCUGUGUGCGAGCGGGCAGGCGCGGCGCGUGCGUCUGAGGACGCGAGUGCCGGGUCCGUGCGCGUGGAGGAGAAGUUCGCGGAGUGGACGCGGCUCGGCGGGAACCUCGGCGACUUUGAGCGGAUCUUCGACUUGAAGCUGCCGGCUGUCUCGUUUGCAGCACCCAGCGCGGUGUACGUGGUUGAGGAGCUCGUCGGGAAGGGCGCGCACGGCGCGGUUUUCAAGUGCACACGGUACCGCAAGGCGGCGCUGCAGCCCGAAGAGAAGGCGCGCUCGUUUCUCGGCGCGUUCGCGAAGAAGGCAGACGAGAAGGCGAGCGAGAAGGCAGGGGCGAAGGCGCCCGACGCAGAAGAGAAGGACGGGCCCGAAGAGGACGUCGAGGAAGACGAAGUCGCCCUCAAAAUCAUCGACCUAGAUGGCGCGCUCCAGCUCCAAGGAUCCACCGACAAGGAGGCUCGCGUGAACUACUUGAAGCAAGUGAUGCGGGAAGUCGACGUCCUCAAAAAGUGCAACCACGAGGGAAUCGUCAAAAUGUACGAAGCCUUCCAGUGGCCGCCGUGCUACCUCGUCUUCUCCAUGGAACUCCUGCCUGGCGGAUCACUGCGCGAUCUCUACGUCUCGGCAGGGCCUCUUCCCGAGCCUCUCAUCGCGGCGCUCCUGCAGGACGUGCUGCGGGCCCUAGAGUAUCUCCACAACGGCGAAGGCGAGGGGGAGAAAACCGAGGGACAGAAAACCGAGGGGGAGAAGACCGAGGGGAAAGACACGAGUGAGGAAGGUUCGAAGCAGGAAAAAACCGAGAAUACCGGCGACGGCCUCUCUGCGACGUUGGGCGCCGCGAGCGCGUCGCAGGGUCACCCCCGGCGCAUGCACCGCGACUUGAAGGCGUCGAACAUCCUCAUCUCGGCCGAGGGGCGCGCGAAGCUGAUCGACUUCGGCGUUUGCGCAGAUAUCUCGAGUUCGCCGUGCACAGAGUUUGUCGGCACGCCUCAGUGGAUGGCGCCGGAGCUGGCCCGUCUGGGGCUCCAGGACGGCGUGGCGGGGCGUCGGAAGCGGCCGGUCGACGCCGCGGCGGACUCGCAGCUCGGGACGCAUGCGUCGAGUUUGGGACACUCGCGGAAGUCGCAGAAGGCUUUGACCGCGCACGGCGCGGGCGACGGGUACGACUUUCGAGUGGACCUGUGGGCGUUGGGGAUCACUGCGUUCGAGGCGGCGGUCGGAGCGUUGCCGUGGCCACGGCGCAUGCGCCUGGAGGACCUGCUGCUGACCAUUCUCGAGGGGUCGCCGCCGCGGAUCAACUUGAACGAAGGGUACGAGAAGACGUUUUGCUUCUUCGUGGAGCGCUGCUUGCGCAAAAACAGCGUGGAGCGCGGAACGGCCACGGAACUGCUUCAACACCCCUUUUUCAAGAAGUUUUGCGGGUCCAGUCGGAGCCGGCCGGCGUCGCACCAGGAGCUGCGGGAGGCGAUCGAGGUCGCGAACGGGAAGCGGAAAGCGAAUGUUCUCUCGAACCUGCUCAAAUUCAUUCCCUUCUUCCGCAAACCGCAGCCUGCGAGUGUCCACAAAAAGGGCUCUCGCAGCCGCCUUCACCGCUUCAAGAUCGGCCGGCAGGCGGUGCACGCGUCGCAGUCGAUGGAUCGGGGGAAACUCGAGGCGGAGUUGGGCGUGGGCUCCGCGACGACCGGCGGGACCGACGCGCCGAGACUCGAUGUGUUCACGCAUCGGCCAACGGCGGACCCGCCGCUUCCGUCGCGGGGAAACCAGGAGUCGCUGUUCUCUCAGGCGGCAUGGCCCGGAGGCGCCUCGUUUCCUUCGCAAGCGUGGGCGGCCGCCAGCCCAGACCCGAGCUCGCCCCCCGGCUCGCCCCGGUCCCCACAGCGCGCCCGCCCCGGAGGACUGGACCUACGCGCAGAGGACGCAGCCGAUCUCCGCGCUCCGCGCACUGAGGCCUUCGGGUUCUCGCCGUUCACAGGCGUGAGAGAUCCAGAUCUUUCCGGCCUCGGAGCCCAUGUCGACAGAGAAACCGAGAGCGAGCGGGGAAGUCCUCCCUCGCGCUGCGGGCUCCCGAAGCUUGUUCCGGCCGAGCUCCCAGGGGGAAGCGUUCCGCCCGCUGCGGCUUCUUCUGGCUCGGAUUCCUCGUCUGCCUCUCCUCGCGCGCAGGAUGCCUUGGAGGCUGAGAAGACCCGUGAAGCUGGCGAUUCGGCGCGCUCCGCGGGAGCGCCCAAAUCAGGCCAGCUUGGUUCCCUCCCGGUCGGCGGGCACGCGUUGACCUCUGGACUCUCCCCGGCCGAGCCGGCGCAUGCAGAACCUGCAGAAAAUCAGAGUGAGGAAGAGGCCGCACCGGCUGGGGAAGGAGAACGAGGGGCGGCGGAUCACGGAGCGGUUGCCGACAGGCGAGAAGACGGACGGGAGGAGAGACGGUCUGUUGGCCCACUCUCGGCGGCGUAUCUCGAAGGGCGUCGCCCGCAGGUCUCCGACACGACGGCAAGCGCGCAGCCCGCCUUAGGAGGAGAAAGAGCCCGAACGCCUUCGACGCCGUCGUCUCCGCUCCUGGCAGAUCACAGUUGCUACGGGACGCCGAAAAAUGAAAUCGAUUUCCCCGCUGCCGAUCCUUCGAUGCUGGGGAGUGGACCGACGUCGGCCUCAGGCACUCUGGCGCCGCGGGGUGAAGGCGGGAGCCUUCACGCCGCGGCGUGCCAGGGCAUCGCCGAAGGAAAUCCCUCAGCCAGGCAGGAGCCGGCUAGCAGGGCGGGGGUGGAGGCGGUCGAGGGGACGGGAGAAUCGGGAGAAAGCACCGGAGCGGAGAAGCCACAGGCUGGUCAUGAAAAGGGCGAAGCGAAGGGUGCUCGGAGUGAAGACAGUGGAGCUGUGAGGGGCGAGAAACACAGCGAGGAGGAUCCCACGCGAGCAAGGGGAUUCCUCGCCUCGUUCCUCUCGAACGUCGGCCUCGGGAUCUUCUCCGGUGACUCCGGCAGGCAACCUGAGAUGAGCAGGCCGGAGGAAGAGCCCCCCGGCAAGGUGGAAACGACGUCUGGGUACGAGUCCCUGCGCUCUUCCUCGCAAGCUUCCUUGUUUGCUGUGAAGCGUGAAGACACCGAUCUCGCUCCGGACGCCGAGGACAGCUGCCUCAGUGGUCCCACCGACCCGCGGGAGACAGAGCCGAGUCCGCCGUCUUGGGCUGUGUCUCAGCCUUCCGGUUCGGGUGGCGGCGAGCCUGGGGCGGAAACUGCGGGCCCCAUCCCUCGUCCCUCGCCCCCGAGCCUCCCGGUAGCUGUCCCUUUCGGCGGCUCAGCCGCGGAAGUGCAGGUGAUCGCGUGUGGGCCUUCAGAGGGCGGCGGCGCGCGCGUUGCGCUCCACCCUGUUCUCCUGAUGCGCCGAACGGGCUCGGAAGGAGACAAGGCGAGUGUCUCUUCGUUCCCCGCCCCACAGCCGUGCCCCUCACGAGGCUCGCAGCCAGCGCGCUCUUCGCCGCCUCGCCCCUCGUCGCUGCUGCCGUCUCCUUCGCUGUCUUCCGCGACGGGAAGCGCCGCGGGGGUUCCAGUGUGUCCUGGGGGGACGGGGCCGCUUCUCAGACGGCGGUGUCGAAAAGGCAGAGAAAGGAGAGCCUCCUUGCUGGAGAGAGAAAGGGAGCGGGGGUCAGGCGGCGCGCAGAGGACCGAGUCAGACGCCGGCAACAAAGCGCGGCCCAAGACAAGUGCGCUUCCGCAGCCGGAACUGAAGUCCCCGUCGUCACCUUCUCACGCGAAGCAGGGCGGCGAAGCUGGGGGACUGCUGUCUCUCUUUCGGCGGGCGCCAAGUGGAGACGGAAGAUCUUCCGAGGGGGACCGGGUCGAGACGGAAGACAUGCAGGAAAAGGAACAGUCUCCGCCUGGCGCGGGCGAGGAACCCGCGACCAGUCCCGGAGAGGCGAGCGAGGCGGUGGGCCUGUCCCCGCGGCCUCCUGAUUCUUCGGCCACGGCUUUUUUGGCUCAGUUCUUUGGCUCUCGGCGUAGAGCCGCUCGCGGGGCUGAACCUGCGCCAGGAGACGCGAGCGUCGAGGCGGACGCCGUCGUGACUGGGAGUUCUCUGCCGACGGAAGACGGCGAGCGCGUCGAGGAAAAGAGCGACGACGGGGUACAGUGGGCCGAGCUGUUGGAGCCUCACGGCGGAGACGAGCCGGUCCCAGAGGGGGAGGAGGACAGUUUUCUCCUUUCGUCUUUGGACGGGGCGCCGUCGAGACGCUUCUCAGGGGAAGGAACUGCGAACGAACGCCCGGCAGGGAGCCGACGCUCGGCGGAGGAAGACCGUCCGGACGGAGGGGUGGGACUCGAGGGCCACGGACGCCCCCUCGGGCGAGGAGUGGAGAGCGGCGAAGACGGGGGUUCGGCCGCGCCUCUCCCAGCUCGAGACGCCGGCGACGUCGAGGCGCAGGGGAGCAACCUGGGGGAGGCGGAAGUUGAACGCGAGCGUGGGAGACAGGAAGAGACCGCGGACACGUAUGGCAAGGAGGGAACGCCUGCGCGUGACGCCGCGUCUCCUCUCGCGUGGCUGUGGCAGUUGGGUCGCUCCGUUUCUGGCGCUGCGGCCCCUCCAAGUCAGCACGCGUCUUCUGCUCCGACCUUUCCUGCGUCGUCUUCCCUUGCCGCCCCUGCUUCCGUUGCUUCUUGUUCCGUGGCGUCUUCUUUCGCUGCCUCUUCUUCCUUUUCUUCGUCUGCGGCCUCCGGCGAAGAAGCGCCGGAAGAGCCGCACUUCGGUGCGAUGCUCGAGAGCCCGACGACCCCGGGCCACGUGCCGGUUGUCUCUGCGCCUGGCGCGCGAGAGACGUUCCAGGACUGUGCAGCGUAUCCGGAGGGAACGCAUGCAGAAAACGUGGGCCAGGAAGACUGUGUCUCUGUCUUGGAAGAGGACCUUCCCGCCGAGUCUCUUCUCCAACAAGAGGCUUCGCCUCGGUCAAGUGCGGACGGCGAGGACGCGCCUCGCCGUGCAUCGACAGGAAGGCGCCAGAGAGAUGAACAGAGUGAGACUGAACAAGAUCACGAGACACGACUCACGCUCUCAGGCGAAGCCCCAGCUGAUGGUGCAGAAGCGCCACGGUCGGCGGGCGAGACACAGAAAGUGUCAGCGGAGAAAAAAGAUGUGCCGGAGUCUUCAUCUCUCUCGUCGCCGAAGCGGUGGCCUUCAUUCCUGUACAAAUCCCUGGUCGACGGUUGGACGGGAGGCGCGAGAUCUUCGCCUGUUCUCCAGAACGACGCCCCGGGCAUCGGGCCCUCGCGGGCUGAUUCCUCGGGUUCUUCGCCACCGCAUGCAGCGGUGGAGAGGCAAGAGGACGGCGACGCCGACAUUUCUUAUGCGCCCGUUUUCUCCCGCAAUGGCGACGUGUCGGCCUGGAGCGAAAGCGGACCCGCGGCCGCCUUCUCGCACUCGCCCGCGCCGUGCGGACCUGGGCGUGCCACGCGAGAAGAGAGCGAAUCUUUCGGCGCAGCAGCGGUCGACAAGUCGCCUCUGUCGCAUGCGGCUGGUGCAGCAGCCGCGGGUUCGUCUGUGAACUGCAUGCGAGCGCCGGUGGACCACGCGCGUCUGCAGGAGCAGCGGAGGGAUGUGCAGGUCUGGGACGCAGCGGCUGGCGGCUCGGGCCCGCAGGGACACUGCUCCGCGGAGACAGCGGCGAAACGCGGCGCGGCGGCGAAUGUGAGGAAGUUCGAGCUCCCGCCUUUGCCUGGACACGUUCCCGUGCCGUCACUCGCACUCGAAGAGCACUGCGUCAGGCGAGGCGUGUUUGCCCAGGACAGGGCGACGGGGCGAGAGACAAGGGAGGAGGGAGACAAGGCGAAGGCGAGUCGUCUUCCUCCCGCGGCGCCUUCGUCUCGGCGAAACUCAUCAGCCUCCCAGGGGCGAGGAGACGUGCUGGACGCAAAGGCGCCGAGGCCUUCGCACUCCCACCAGUGGGCGUCUGCCUAUUCCUCCUCGCCGUUCUUUUGGACUCCUUCCGUCGGGCAAGGCGCUGGAGGCCGCGGCCCGCGCUGGGGGGGCCGUCCGGAAGGCGUUGCCGGCGUCGAGUGUGCUGGCGGGGGCGAAGCGACUUCCCACGGCGCGGGCGGCGUGGUUUUCUGCUCCGACCAGCCACCAGUUCUCUUCGCGCCCGUGGCGUUCUCUGGGCUCGCGUCGGCGCCCAAUUCGGACCUUUCGACGCUGGCGCGUCAAGCAGGUUCGGCGACGAAUGCGGGGUCUUCCGGAGAAGACGCGCGCGCUGGGCAGACUCUGGCGGGCCGGGAAGCUGCCUCGGCGCCGGCGUCGCCCGAGCGCAACAGUCUGUGUGCGAACGCAGACGAGGCCAGGAGCGAGGCGCCGAAGCGAGAGACGGCGGACGCGCAGCCCAGAAAACGCGACGAAGCAACGGGUCCAAGUCCCGCGGAAGGUGUGCAUUGCCGCUUCCAGUUCGUGCCCGGUGGCCGAACGGACGGCUACGUUAGCUCGGCGGAUCUCAUGAGAAUGAUCCAGGAAUCGUACAGCCGGCAACUGGACAGGCAGUCCCACGCACAGAGUCACGGUGGCUUCCAGGGGGCAGCGCCGUUGCAACAGGAACACGCGUGGAACCCGACACAGCGGCAGUGCAGCGUUGGCCAAGCGAUCUCGACGGCGACGUUGGGCCGCCAAGGAAGUCAGGCGAGCCUGGCGACAGCGCAGCAAAGCGACGCGUGUGUCUCGACGUCGCCUUGCAGCUUUGCAGCCGUCGCGCCGGGUGCACGCCAGCCGUUGCCCGCCGGAGGGUCUUUCGGGCAGAAGGCGCUUUCGCCGGAUUCCUCCGUACCGAGCAGCCGAGCAGGGAACGCUGAGACGAGCAGACGCCAAAGCGGCUCAGGGCUGCUCGACUACGCGAAGCAAGAGGAGUCCGUACACAUUUCCGAAAAUAGGGCUUCUUGCCCAGCCGCCCAACGGGGUGUUUCGUCGCCUGAAAGAGGACCGCCGGUCGUGAGAAGGCCUUCUCCGUGCACUCUGGUCGCGGGCAGAACUGCCUCGCCUGGAACGUUCCCCGGUGGGUUGGCCACCGCCGGACGAAGACACGAAGAUCUUCCGGGUGUACAUACACCUGGCGGACCCGGGUGUGGAGGCCGUUCAACUUUCGCUCCGCUCGGGGCACAGAUCGGCGGGCUCUCAGACAUAUCGCCGCCUUCGCGGGGAACAGUUGAAAGCGGGCGUGGGGAGCCGCGCUGUUUUGUCCCAGGGUCAGAUGCGGUUUCCGCUCCGGUGCCGUGGACAGGGGCAUCGGGCGAGAGCGGGAAGGGUGCUCAAAGAGGUCAGAGUAUAACGGCUGUUUCCGCGCGUAUGGUACAGAGCGCAAUGCCGCCUGUUGUUUCGCGGCCUCCGCCACUUGUGUAUGUGAACUCCUCGGGAGUUCCAAGUUCUCCGUACCCCGUCCAGGCUGGUACGGUGCGCUGCCUCUUUCCCGCGACCGAUAGCUCUGGCAAGCAGUAUUACCAAUCCGAUCGAGCAGGGGGAGCGGCUUUCGUGUCGGCGUCCACUGGCCACGUUCGGCGGGCAUCUGCAGCGGGCGAGACGCUCCGCGGCGGCAGCGGGGAGCACCCGAGAAGGGAGGACGGCACGCGCCAUGUUGUGGCCUCAGACUGA